AUGACGGGGCGGGGGAUUGAGCCAAAUCCCGAGAAGGUCAGAGCGAUAAUGGAGAUGCAACCCCCCCGAUCGGUCAAGGAUGUUCAGCGACUGACUGGUCGACUAGUAGCGCUUAGCCGUUUCCUAUCCAAGUCAGCCGAAAAGUCUCUGCCGUUCUUUCAGAUCCUGAAAAAAUCAAAUGGCUUUGAGUGGACACCGGCGUGUCAAUCGGCUUUUGAAGGUCUGAAGGUAUACUUGAGCUCCGCACCAGUCCUCUCGAAGCCGGAGAAAGAUGAGGUCUUAUUCGUUUAUUUGGCCGUGUCCGACCGAGCGGUCAGUUCCGUGCUUGUCCGCGAAGGAGCUAAGGGAAUUCAGAAGCCGAUUUACUACGUGAGCAAAGCUCUUCAAGGAGCAGAGCUUAGGUACACAAAAUUUGAGAAGACCGCGUUGGCGCUCUGGGUGACGGCCAGAAGACUUGCAGCUUACUUCCAAGCUCACCCGAUAGUUGUGUUAACCGAUCAACCGUUGGGAACGAUCCUCAGGAAUCCAACAUCAUCAGGACGAUUGAUCAAAUGGGCCAUGAUGCUCACCCAGUUCGCGAUUGAGUAUAAGCCCCGUCCUGCCAUCAAGGGUCAAGCAUUGGCUGACUUCAUCGUCGAAUGCACCGCACGCGAUCCGGAACAUGACCAACCGACUGCCAUAGAAGAACCAUGGUGGGAAGUUUCUACUGAUGGGUCGUCAAGUAAAAAGGGAUGCGGGGGUGGAAUUGUGCUCACAUCACCCGAAGGCUUCAAGAUUUAUCAAGCCUUGAUUUUCAAAUUUCAACCUACCAACAACGAAGCAGAAUACGAGGCACUCAUAGGCGGGUUGCGACUGGCCAAGCAGAUGAAGGCCGAACGGUUAAGGGCACGGUCAGACUCCCGGUUGAUAAUCGGACAGCUAUCCAGCACGAUCGAUGCAAAGGAAGAUCGAAUGAUACAGUACAAGGAUAUUUUGACUCAAGAAGCUCCUGAAUACGUGUCCAAGAUUGCACGCAUUGAAGAAAUUGGAGCGCCAAGCAUUGAUGUCAUAGAAGUCAGACCGGUUGAGAUAGGCGAGCCAGAUUGGAUGUACGACUUGAAGAAUUACAUCGCCAACGGCACUCUACCGGACGACUCCUCCCGGGCAAAGAAAGUUAAGUUAAGGGCACCACGUUUUCAAUUGGUUGAUGAUAGGCUCUACAAAAGAUCAUAUGGCGGACCGCUGCUCCGGUGCUUAACCAGCGACGAGGCGAAAGUAGUGAUGGAAGAAGUUCAUGAAGGGAUCUGUUCUGCCCAUCAAGGACCAAGAACACUCGCGCAAAAGAUCAUUCUGAUGGGUUACUAUUGGCCUUCGAUCAACCUGGAUUGCGAGCAGUACGUUCGACGAUGCGCCACUUGUCAAGAAUUUCAUAAGUUACCCGGUCGACCGGCCACCUACUAUCAACCGGUCAGCGAAGUAAUACCUUUUGCAAGGUGGGGUGUGGAUCUGAUCGGAGCAUUCCCGAUGGCAGCCGGACGCAAAAAGUAUGUGAUAGUGGCGAUCGACUACUUCACCAAGUGGGUGGAAGCAAAAGCGUUGGCAACCAUCACUUCUCAACAGUGUCAAAAGUUUCUUUGGAAAAAUGUGAUUACUCGCUUCGGGGUACCUGUUCAAUUGAUCACAGACAACGGGACACAAUUUGACAGCCGACCGUUUAAGAACUUCAUGGCUCAUUUGGGCAUAAAGCAUACCCGAGUGGCCGUAGCAUACCCACAAUCAAAUGGUCAAGUGGAGAACACCAACCGGACGAUCUUGGAUGGAUUGAAAAAGAAGUUGCAAACUGCAGGUCGAGGCUGGGUUGAUGAGCUUUCAUAUGUUCUUUGGACAUAUCGAACCACCCCGCGUCGGGCAACGAAUGAGACACCUUUCUCGCUGACAUAUGGAUUCGAGGCAAGAGUCCCGAUUGAAGCAUGGCUCCCUACCACCCGGGAAAGAAAUUACGAUCCGGAAGUGAAUGAUGAGAUGCAAGGUACGGAACUCAAUUUCAUAGACGAAAAAAGGGACAUGGCAGCUCGAAGGUUAAUAGAAUAUCAGAGGAAUGCCAAAGUAGCCCAUGACGGUCGAGUAAACCCACGAUAUUUCCAAGUAGGAGAUCUGGUCCUACGGCGGAGGGAAGCUAGCAAGCCGACUGAUCACGGAAAAUUUGCCAAGAAGUGGGAAGGACCCUACAGGGUCUCUGCAAUGGUUCAGCCAGGUUAUUUCAGUUCCAGCCACAGAUUCCGGCGAUCAGCAGCAUAUUCCGGCGAUCGGCAGCAUAUUUCGGCGAUCGGCGACGACCAAGCCGUCGCUGGUCACCAUCUCCGGCGGAAGGUUGACCAAAAGGUCGCCUUCUCGCCGGAGAAGGGAGAAGGCGACCAGAUUGGAGAAGGCGACGGAAAUGUUUCCUUCUCCCGGAGAAGACGACCAGAAACGUUGCCUUCUCCUGGAAGGCGACCGACGGAAUGA